AUGAAGUUGAGUGGGAAAGGACUGUGUACCAUCGUCUCCAGCACCCUCCUCUUCGUCUGCGCCGUGAGCGAAGUUGUGGUCGGAUUCAAAUGCAUCUCGCUGGGCACCAAAGUAAAAGUGCAUUUUCACCUCUCGACCGCGGCUGGGGCUUUCUACUCGGGGAUACUGGUCGGACUAGGGCAGGCGCUGCUGGGCUUUGCGCUGCUUUGUUGCAAAGGGAAGCCCGGGUGUCGGAAUUUCUUUCUCAUGGGUAUCCUGGUGUUUUUGUUGGGAGUUCUCACCGCUUUCUCCGGCGCGGUGGUGGACGGGGACACUGUGUCUCUUGUGGAGCGCAAAUAUUCCCAUUAUUGCCUAGACAUAGACUCUGUGGAAUUAACCACCAUCUGCAACCAACUGAAGGAUUAUCAGAAAAGUCUAGUCAUCUCGACCAUUUUUAGCACUUUGGAAUGCCUUCUUGGGCUUAUGAACUUGGUGAUCAUCAAAAGGUACAAAACCGCGCAAUUUUACAGACGGAGGCAAUCACAUAGGCAGAGCGCGGGGGAUAUUCUUUGCAGCGAGGAGCAAGACUUCACCGUGUCCGAAUUCCAACCGGUUUCCUAUAUUAACUUGGGGAUAUUUCACGUGUUCGACGAGGCAGGUGUGGAAGUACAAUGCAGGGGCCACCCGUCUAUCGAGCUCCCGGGUUAUUCACCCACGGAUCCCGAGCUCAACCAUUCCUACCCGUUUUCUUACCCGCUCCCGAACGAGCUACCGCCCGCGUACGAAGACAUUUUCCCCGGAGACGAAAGUAACAAAUAG